GCUAUUGGGAAGGUGAGGCGGUAGACACGCAUGCGUGAUCUGUUCGCCAUUCUUUAUUUCGGGGUGGGGAGAAGGCAGACUGUGGCGGUCUGGCAGGCAUUGCUGGGAUACUUAUUUACAGCUGGGCCUGGGAAAAAUGCCCCUACAACCAUUCUUUCUGGUGAGGUGCGAUUCUAGAUAAUCCUGGUGCCAUUGUAUGCUGCCCCAACAAGGACUAUGUGGAUGUCAUGGGUUAUUAAAUGAGGCAGGUGCUCACCAUGCAGUAAGCUCUCAACAGUGAUAUACUCUACGCCAACAAAACCUCUUGAUCCUCACCGAUUGCUAGUUUUUACACUGGUCUUCUGCAGUCCUGACAGCUGCUUUUCAAUACACAUGGUUCAUUGUUGCCAUUCCCAAGAUUUCAACUCUGUGCUCUCUUGGCCUAGCAGUAACCUUCCAAAAACACAGAAGCGACCUCCGGGAUAAAUAUAAAAGCAGUGUGGGCUGCUACAGGCCUGCUGCUCUCUUGUCUUACCUGGCUGCUUUGUCAGAGAUUAUUUGGGAAAUUCCAAAAUGGAAUAUUGCAUGGCACAGGUUCUUCAAAAGGAUGUGGGGAAGCGGCUCCAAGUUGGACAGGAAUUAAUAGAAUAUAUUUCCGAUCGACAGAAAUGUCCAGAUCUGGAACAAGAUCAGACUUUACUCGACAAAAUGGUGGAUGGACUUGCCACUUCAUGGGUAAACUCUAGUAAUUUCAAGGUGGCUUUAUUAGGUAUGGACAUUCUGUCUGCACUGGUUACACGUUUGCAGGACCGUUUCAAGACACAGAUUGGUACAGUACUGCCAAGCUUAAUCGACAGGUUAGGAGAUGCUAAAGAUCAGGUGCGUGAACAAGACCAAACACUACUACUGAAACUCAUGGAGCAGCCUGCUAAUCCUCAGUAUGUCUGGGAUCGGAUGCUUGGAGGAUUUAAACAUAAGAACUACCGAACACGAGAAGGAAUAUGUCUCUGCCUUAUCUCAACGCUUAAUGCAUAUGGGGCUCAUAGCUUAACACUAAGUAAAAUUGUACCACACAUAUGUAAUUUACUCGCAGAUCCAAAUAGCCAGGUUCGAGAUUCAGCAAUAAACAGUUUAGUAGAAAUUUACAGACAUGUUGGUGAGCGUGUAAGGGCGGAUCUAAGUAAGAAAGGACUACCGCAGUCUAGGCUGAACGUAAUAUUCUCAAAAUUUGAUGAAGUACAGAAAUCUGGGGGCAUGUUGAUAUCUGCAUCAUCUGAUAAAAACUUUGAUGAUGAAGAAGACUCUGUGGAUGGGAACAGACCUUCCUCUGCUAGCUCCUCUACAUCUUCUAAGGCACCGUCUGGCUCUCGGAAAGCUGCUAACAUGGUACCUACCAGGAGACCUGGAGCAGCUGUUGUAUCACGGCCAGCAGGUGUGGUUAAAGAAGGAGCUGGUGCAGUAGAUGAGGAGGAUUUCAUCAAAGCUUUUGAAGAUGUCCCAACAGUGCAGAUUUUUUCUCAACGGGAGCUUGAAGAAUCGAUGAACAAAAUUAAAGAAGUUCUGUCAGAUGAUAAGCAUGAUUGGGAGCAAAGAGCAAAUGCACUGAAGAAAAUUCGGUCAUUACUGUUGGCAGGAGCAGCAGAGUAUGAUGUUUUUUUUCAGCACCUACGGCUUCUAGAUGGAGCAUUCAAGUUGUCAGCAAAGGAUCUACGGUCACAAGUAGUAAGAGAAGCCUGCAUCACAUUUGGGCAUCUCUCUUCAGUACUUGGAAACCGAUUUGAUCAUGGAGCAGAGGCAGUCAUGCCAACACUCUUCAAUCUAGUACCAAACAGCGCUAAAGUUAUGGCCACAUCUGGUGUUGUAGCAAUACGAUUAAUAAUUCGACAUACACACAUCCCUAGGCUAAUACCCAUCAUAACCAGCAAUUGUUCAUCAAAAUCUGUAGCAGUAAGAAGACGAUGUUUUGACUUCUUGGAUGUUCUAUUGCAAGAAUGGCAAACACAAUCAUUGGAAAGGCACAUGGCAGUCUUAGCUGAGACAAUCAAGAAAGGUAUCCAUGAUGCAGAUUCCGAAGCAAGGCUGGAAGCAAGAAAGUGUUACUGGGGUUUCCGCAGUCAUUUUAGUAGAGAAGCUGAACAAUUGUAUAACUCACUUGAGGUAACAUAUCAGAAAGCACUGCAGUCUCACCUGAAGAACUCCGACAGCAUUGUAUCAUUGCCACAGUCUGACAGAUCGUCUUCCAGCUCACAAGAGAGCUUGAACCGUCCACUGACUGCCAAGAGGAGUCCCGGUGGAGGCACUGCAUCAAGAGCAUCAACGGUUACAACAAAGUCUGCAUCCACGACAGCCUCCCUGCAGCGAUCUCGUAGUGACAUUGAUGUGAAUGCAGCAGCCAAUGCAAAGUCCAAACUAACAACAACUCCAGCAUCUACAGCGUUUAGUUCUGCUGCCGCCCUUCCUCCAGGAUCUUAUGCCUCACUAGGUCGUGUUCGCACAAGGCGCCAGAGCUCUGGCUCUGCCACAAAUGUUGCUACAGCUUCUGUUGAUACUCGGGGCCGUAGUCGAGCUAAAGUGGUUUCCCAGUCACAACGAUCCAGAUCGGCAAACCCUGCUGGUGCUGGCAGUCGAUCCAGCUCUCCAGGCAAACUUCUUGGAAGCACAAGUGGUGGAUGGAGUACUGGACCUCAAAGAGUGGCAGCAGUCGUGCCACAGUCUGAAAAACGCAGUAAAAUCCCUCGUAGUCAAGGAUGUAGUCGUGAGACCAGUCCCAACAGACUAGGAUUAGUACGGAGCAGCCGUAUCCCCCGACCCAGCAUGAGUCAGGGGUGCAGCCGCGAUACCAGCCGUGAGAGCAGCCGAGACACAAGCCCUGCUCGGGGCUUUCCUCCACUUGCCUCUCGACGCCAUUCCAGGUCCACUAGUGCUCUUUCCACUGCAGACUCUGUGGGGCAGUCAGACCGAUUUGGCUUGGGACAGCCAAGCAGAAUGCCAGCCUCUGUAAAUACGAUGCGAGUAAUUAACACAAGCACGGAGCUCGAGGCUGCUGUGGCUGAUGCUCUGAAAAAGCCAGUUAGACGGAGAUAUGAGCCCUAUGGGAUGUAUUCUGAUGACGAUGCUAACAGUGAUGCAUCUAGUGCUUGCUCAGAGCGUUCAUAUGGUUCUAGAAAUGGAGGUAUUCCUCACUACCUUCGACAGACUGAGGACGUGGCUGAAGUCUUAAAUCACUGUGCAAGCUCCAAUUGGUCCGAACGAAAAGAGGGACUUCUAGGCUUGCAAAAUCUGUUAAAAAGCCAGAGAACACUCAGUCGAGUAGAGCUGAAAAGGCUGUGUGAAAUUUUUACAAGAAUGUUUGCUGACCCUCAUAGCAAGAAGAACUACUUUGCACCUUUUCACCAUCACUGUGAAAAGAUUACUUUCAGUAAUAAAUGCACUAGGUCAGGUUAUGAGUUGCCCAUGUCUUGGGAUUCUUUCCCAUUUGAUCAACAGUUCAACAUUUUGAUGCGGUUUAUUGUAGAUCAGACACAGACACCUAAUCUCAAGGUGAAAGUUGCAAUCUUGAAGUACAUUGACUCCCUUUCAAGACAAAUGGAUCCAGCAGACUUUGUAAAUUCCAGUGAAACAAGACUUGCUGUCUCUCGAAUCAUAACUUGGACAACGGAACCAAAGAGCUCUGAUGUGAGAAAGUCUCUGCAUAACUGGGUAUGUGAUGAUCUUCCUGCCAGGUCCUCCUCAACUACAUCAGGGCCCGGUGAAGGGAAUCUGGAGGAAAGAUGUAAACAGGCAGCACAAGUGGUCUUGAUUUCACUUUUUGAGCUAAAUACACCAGAAUUUACAAUGCUACUGGGUGCCUUGCCAAAAACAUUCCAAGAUGGUGCCACAAAGCUUUUGCAUAACCACCUCAAGAACACAAGCAAUGCAAGUAUGGGUUCUCCAAGCAAUACAAUUGGCCGAACCCCAUCACGGCACUCCAGCAGUAGAACUAGCCCUCUGACUUCACCUACUAAUUGUUCACAUGGUGGCUUGUCUCCAAGUCGAUUCUGGGGCUGGAGUGCAGAUGGACUGUCAAAGCAUCCCCUUCCCUCUUCUCAGCCUCACUUAAUCCCUGUUGCUCCUCCUCCUCCCCUCAAGGCUUUCAGGCGCUCUUACUCUCCCAGCUUGCUGGAUUAUGACACAGAGAACCUGAAUUCAGAUGAAAUUUACAGUUCUCUCCGGGGAGUCACAGAAGCCAUACAGAAUUUCAGUUUUCGCAGCCAAGAAGAUUUGAAUGAACCAAUAAAACGUGAAGGCAAGAAAGACCUUGACACUAUAUCCAGAGAUGGAGGAAUCACAUCACCUGCUUCUGAUCUUCGUAGUGGUCUAGAUACAGUAGAAGGAGGGCGAACAGCCUUGGAUAAUAAAACAUCUUUACUCAACACACCUUCACCCCGCUCUUUCUCAGGGCCCAGGUCUCGAGAGUACAAUCCGUUUAAUUACUCUGACACAAUCAAUGCAUAUGACAAGACUGCUCUCAAGGAGGCAAUGUUUGAUGAUGACGUGGAACAGUUCAGAGAUGUUCCAAUAGAUCAUUCAGACAUAGUGGCUGACCUCCUGAAAGAAUUGUCCAAUCAUAAUGAGCGUGUAGAGGAAAGAAAAGAUGCUCUGUUGCACCUUUUGAAGAUCACACGCGAGGAUAACUUGGGAGUGUGGGAUGAACAUUUCAAAACCAUUUUGUUACUGCUGUUAGAAACUCUUGGUGAUAAAGAUCAUUCAAUCAGAGCACUAGCAUUGAGGGUGUUAAGAGAAAUUCUAAGGAAUCAACCAGCACGGUUCAAAAAUUAUGCUGAAUUGACUAUCAUGAAAACAUUAGAAGCACACAAAGAUUCCCACAAAGAGGUUGUAAGAGCUGCAGAAGAAGCUGCAUCAACGUUGGCAAGCUCCAUUCACCCAGAGCAGUGCAUCAAAGUUCUGUGCCCCAUAAUUCAAACAGCAGAUUAUCCAAUUAAUCUUGCAGCUAUUAAAAUGCAAACAAAGGUCAUUGAGAGGAUAUCUAAGGAAUCCUUGCAUCAGCUGCUUCCUGACAUAAUUCCUGGAUUGUUGCAGGGCUAUGAUAAUACAGAAAGCAGUGUUCGCAAAGCAAGUGUGUUCUGCCUAGUGGCAAUUUAUUCCGUAAUUGGAGAGGAGCUGAAACCUCAUCUUGCACAGCUUACAGGGAGCAAGAUGAAGUUAUUAAACUUGUAUAUAAAGAGGGCUCAGACCACAAACAGCAACAGUAGUUCUUCUUCUGAUGUGUCAACACACAGCUAGCAGCGAUGUCCCAUUCUGAGAUAUUCAUCUGAGUAGGAAACAGCAGUGCCUCUUGGAGACUUUUCUGCUCAAAGUACUUACAUUGGCAGACUUCUUUGAUAAAGAAGGACAUAAAGACCAUUGUUACAAUCAGUAUUUUAUUCUAUUCUCCAGUUGCUUGUAUGUAGAUGCUAUCUUAAUGGUGUUGAAUGUAAAGGAAGAAAGGCCUGUGUCAGUCUUUAUAAUGCCUAAGUGUUAAUAUAUAAAUAGCCAUAUUUCAGAACUGUAGCUUGCUUACUUCUUGAAAACAGUUUGAGCUUUACAGAGUUUAAAACCUUGAAACAUUUUUUUCCUGCUGGGAGAAAUGCAUUCAUUGGAAUGACUGUACUUUGAAAUGUUUAACUUUCACAUUUUAGAGUUCAGGUUGACACCUAACUUUUAUUUAAGUAUCAUGGCAGUACAGAUUUUAGUUUGAUAUUAAAUUUUCUGCCGCAACAAAGUCAUGUAUACUUUCCUGAAUACAAAUCGGAAGAUUAUUGUAUAAAAAGUGAAUGUGUAAUCUAAAUGCCUACUGUUUGUCUUAGCUAAAUGUGAAAUAUGUAAAAAAAAAAUUGUAUUUACUUACAAAUGAAAGAACAUUGGACAUUCUUUGCUAAGAUUUGUACUGUACUGAAUUUAGACACUUUUAUUAGAAAAAAAGCAGGAACACA